GGGAAGAGGGAACACUUCCUUUUAUAAACUGGACCAGACCUCUUGGAACUGAAUUAGACAGCAACAUGUCCUCACAACUCGGGAAACAGGCAGCCAUCUUUGUGCUAUGCACAUUAUUAAUAUACCAGGUGGAAGCUGCCUCUUUAAAUGGCCUGGCACAACAGAGAGCUGCGAGGUUGCCGAGGAUGACACCAUUUUGGAGAUCAUUGUCUUUGCGUCCUAUAGGUGCCUCAUGCAGAGAUCCUUCUGAGUGUCUUACUCGUCUGUGCAUAAACAAUCGCUGCUGUCUGAAGACAUUUGCAGAUUAAGUAUUUCUAUUUGUUUUCUAGUAUUUUUUUAAAUACACUACUGAUAAAGGAAUACAAUUGCACCGUGGGCAUGUGUCCUACAUAAAGCUAUUUAUUACUUUGCAAGCGCUUGUAGAACAUUGUCAUGAACUUUAUAUAUUUGAUAUGUACAUUAAUAUGUAAAAUGUUUCCUGAUGGGGUUUGCAAGCGUUUUUACCAAGAGCGAGUCAGGAGCCUGGUGGCUCAACUCACGCUGUUGAGCUGAUCAUUCUUGGCUCGAAGAGUGCCUAAGAAGUUUUUGACUUCCCACUUCCAAUUAAAAGAAACCUAUUUGGUAGGUCAACCAAGUCCAUGACACAUCAGCAGACUUUCAGGUACUCAUUCUGACUCUCCUAAUUACUCAGCAAUCCUUCCAGAUAUCUUCUACCUGGCCCAGCAAAGCCAUCCAGGAAAAAAGGUUCUUGACUGUUACUCAGCACAGGAAUGCUGAACCCUAUAUCUGUUUAUGCCACAGUGGUACAAGGCUAUUUGCACCGUUAUUCUGAGGACUUGAAGCCAUUACCAUCAGAACUCACAUAAAAGAUUUACCCGGGCCUAUAGGUCGGUGUUGCGGCUAUUCUAAAAAUGCUUAUUGUCCUCCCUGUGUUCGCUAGCUAUACAUAUGACUUUGUCUUGCCAGUAUAAAUUCAUCCAUCUUCCAGACAGAAGUUUUAAUGGUAUUACUGAUGAUGCAAUUAAUUUAUGUUUUUUUAAUGGAUGCAUCCUCAAGGAUUCUCUUACAACACGGCUGGUCAUUGCGUAUCUGAUGGAGAAAUGCAAACAGUUCCUAUAAUAGUAUGAUCCAAAUAAAUGAUGUGACUUAGCAA